ACUAUUCUUCAGAGACAUUAUGGAAAACAUUUUAAAAGGAUAUUUUAUGCUGUUUAGAAUAUCAUACUGAAUUCAUUUUAGGAAAUUGGGUGUAAUAAUUAGUAUGAAUUGUCAUAUUUACUGUUUCCUUGGUUGCUCCUGCUUCUUGUUUGGACCACAUGUUUCUGUAUUCUCUAACACUUCUGGGAUUAGAUACUAUUUAUGAACAUGUGUGGAGAUACACCUCAUGUAUGCUUCAUUAAUUAUAGUGGAACAUGUUGAUACAAUGUUUUCCCAAUUGUUUGUUCACUUGUCAAAACAACAAAAUUUUUCCACAUUGGUUAUUUACUGAGAUUAUGAUUUUCUUGGGCAGUCACAUUGAUAGUAUAUCUUUGAUGGGCCAAUUUACAGAUGUACCACUUUUUUCCCCCAUAUUUUGUGGGGCAUCUGCUAGUCCUUCUAAUUAGUUUAUCUGUCUUGCAGCCCCAAUUGCUCAGUUGAUGUUUAGUUCACACCUGACAAAAUCCAAGGCGGAGAAGUGUAAGGCACACAUAUUACUAGCAUUUGAGUCUGUUCUUGGGUCCCCUGUGACAAUUGAAAUUAGAUGUGAAUUUAGGAAAGAUGCAAGGGCUGGGGUUAAUACGCCACUCAUCUUACCUGAUUCUCAGGAUGGUACAUCUCUGAUGCAUACAAAUGCAGAGCUUACCAGUGGUAACAGUAUGACUGCACUAGGAUAUGGUGAUACCAGCAAAAGGGUUCCUAAAGAAAGAGCUGUAGACAUUGAUGCAGCAGAUGUUGAUAAUGAAUUGGCAGUUGUGAAGUAUGUUGAGGGCAUCUACAAGUUCUACAAGUUAACAGAGGGUGAGAGUCAAGUUCACAAUUACAUGGAUUCACAGCCUGAAAUCAAUUCAAAGAUGAGAUCAAUUCUCAUAGACUGGUUGACAGAGGUUCACAGGAAGUUUGAA